GCUUUGGUCGUGCAUUCAUUCUUUCACUCGUCAUAGAGAGGUGGGAGUGAGCGGAGAGAGGCACUCGAUCUUUGAUUCCAAUCCAUAUUUCAAGGCAAAAAGAAAGGAAAAGGCGAGAGAUUUUCCUUGGCAAUUUCCGGUUGCAAAUUUCAUAGCUGUGAUCAUGGCUUCUUCAUUCAUAGGUGUGAGCUUGGUAUCAUCUUAGGCGCAUCAAAUUGGUGUGAGAGCCUCCAUAUACUGUGUAGUUUGUAGAGAGUCUCUAUAGAAUUGAUAGAUCUCUCCUCUCACCCCUCUUCAACUCUACACACUCUCUCUCUCUCUCUCUUUCGCUUGGAAGAUCGUCGUUUUCUUGUGGAUCAAGCUAAGCUAUGGAGGGAGGCGGUGUUAAUUCCAGUAGCUCCUCCCGGAGGAACGAGCCUUUGCUUCCUCCAGGCUUUCGAUUCCACCCCACGGACGAGGAGCUCAUCGACUGCUACUUGAUCAAGAAGGUGGAGAAUAACAAGUUUAGCGUUCGUGCCAUCCAAGACGUGGAUCUAAACAAGAACGAACCAUGGGAGCUGCCAGACAAGGCCAAGAUGGGAGAGAAGGAAUGGUACUUCUUCACGCUGCGAGACCGAAAGUAUCCUACGGGAAUGCGCACAAACCGAGCCACCGAGGCCGGAUACUGGAAAGCCACUGGCAAAGACCGCGAUAUCACACGAACUUCCGCCAAUUCCACCACCAAUUCCUCGUCAAACACACUCGUUGGCGCCAAGAAAACGCUCGUCUUCUACCGAGGGAGAGCUCCCAAGGGCGUCAAGACCAACUGGAUCAUGCACGAGUACAGGCUCGAGGGCGAGGCGGCCUUCCUUCACAACUCAAGAACAUCCAAGGACUCGGAGUGGGUCGUGUGCCGGAUCUUCCAGAAGAGCCCCGGAGGAAAGAAAGGCUUGAUCUCGUACAAGGAGUCUCGCAUCGCCCCCACCACCGCCACCACCUCCACCACCAGCAAAUCCAACCUCGGACUGUGCGAGCACUCGGACGAGCACUCGUCACUCCCGCCCCUGCUCGAGUCCCCACAUCUCGACUCCUCGUGCAUGCCCGCGCUCGACGCCGCCGACUCUUCCACCCAAGCCUUCCAAGUUCUCGGCAAGAGCAUGGUCGAUUUCGCGAGGUUCCCGUUGCCUUCCUCUUUCGACCACCACACCGGCUUUGGCUUCUUCGACGAGGGAGUGAUGAAGCAGGCCAAGAUGGAGCCCCUCACUUGCUCGCUUCUCGGCCUGGAACAACAAAACCACCACCAACACCAACAGUUAGAACAGCAAAAUCAUCGCCAUCACUACAACAGCAUUGCUAGCUUCAACCUUCACGACGAGCAUACCUCUUCCUCCAACCCCUCGUCGACUCUACGACGGGAAAACUCUUGGAUGAACGAUGCCACCGCUCCUUACAGCUUCGAUCACUCCACCGUUGCCACUCCCAACGCAUCACUCUACCGUGCUGCGGCCGCUGCCGCCGCCGCCGCCGCUGGCUCCUCGGCAGUCGAUCUCGAGUCGCUCUGGACGUAUUGAUCUUGGUUUCGUCGCUUUCUUCCUGCAAAGAAGUGGUACACCAUUCGAAAGUAAAUACUGUUCGUUUCUAGCAAGUAAUGUAGUGUCUGAUCUGAUAUGAACCUUGUGUAUAUGCUGGUGAAGAGAGUCUCUUCUCGUCUCCGCUCGUUGUAAAUAUGAAGCAGCGUGUAUAGAGAGGACAACGUUUGGUUGUCACUUCCGUACCAAGAGCCACCUCACAUUCGGGGCUGGAACUUAGAAGUUUUGGUUCCUUUCGGUUCCUCCUCUUCCGUGCAUUCGCAAAACUUGCAAUCUCUGCGGCGCUUGACGCUCCCCAGAUUGAAAGCUCGCUUCUCCAAUCCAGCAAAAGCCAGCAAAAGUCUCUACCAGCUGGCUAGCUA